GCUCCGCAAUGCUGGAGAAUGGCUCUCUGAGGAACUGCAGCGGGCUGGCCGCCUUCGCCUUCCCUUUGCCCCAGCGCGGAGGGGAAGAAGAAGACGCCGCUGCAUUGUCAGCUGCGGCGGCGGCAGCGGACCCGAGACCGCGCUGGGUGGUGACGGUGCUGUCCAGCGUGCUGAUCUUCACCACCGUCGUCGACGUGGUGGGAAGCCUGCUGGUGGUCGUCUCGGUUUUCAAGAACCGCAAGCUCAGGAACGCAGGCAAUGUGUUUGUGGUUAGCUUGGCCUUGGCGGACCUAGUGGUGGCCUUGUACCCUUAUCCUUUAGUCCUCAUUGCCCUUUUUCACAAUGGCUGGUCAUUGGGAGAAACACACUGCAAAGUGAGCGGCUUUGUGAUGGGAUUGAGCGUGAUCGGUUCCAUCUUCAACAUCACCGCCAUCGCAAUCAACAGAUACUGCUACAUUUGUCACAGUUUUGUAUACGAUAAAGUGUACAGUUGGUGGAAUACGAUGUUCUAUGUCUGCCUGGUCUGGGUUCUCACCGUGGUUGCAACCGUGCCGAACUUUUUCGUUGGCUCCCUCAAGUACGAUCAAAGGAUCUAUUCGUGCACCUUCGCCCAAACAACCAGCUCCUGUUACACCAUUGCCGUCGUCGUCAUCCACUUCAUCCUUCCGAUCACCAUUGUGAGCUUCUGCUACUUGAGGAUCUGGAUUCUGGUGAUACAAGUCAGGAGGAAAGUCAAAUCAGAAUUGCAGCUGAAGAUAAAACCAAGCGACUUCCGAAACUUUCUCACCAUGUUUGUCGUCUUUGUGAUCUUUGCCUUUUGCUGGGCGCCGUUGAACUUAAUAGGUCUGGCUGUGGCCAUUAACCCUUCAGAAGUAGCGCCCAAAAUCCCCGAGUGGUUGUUUGUGGUGAGCUACUUCAUGGCCUACUUCAACAGUUGCCUUAACGCAAUAAUCUACGGGCUUCUAAACCAAAAUUUUCGGAAGGAAUAUAAACGCAUUCUAAUGUCCCUGUGGCUUCCCACGCUCUUUCAUCAGAACAAUACCAAAGGGGAGACAGAAAUUCAGAAGAGCAAACUUUCUCCUGCUUUAAAUAAUAAUGACCCAAUUCAUACUAGUACAUUGUAAAUAAGAUGAAUGUGAAUGAUAAACGUGUCCCAUUGCAUGGAAUCAAACUUGAGUUCUUUGUACGUUUGUAUGCCUAAAUCUGAUUCUGCCACUCCAUCGUGACCACAUGGGACUGAGCUCUCUCGACAAAGAAGGUUCUGUUUAUAUUUUUAUUCACUAAGAACCCUUUUUAAAUACAGCUUUGGAAUUUGGAAAGUAAACUCAACGUUUGUUUGCUUGCUUUAAGUUCAAAACCCUAUGUGGGACUUUGAGGUACGGACAGCAACCAAUCGUGAUCUUUGUGGAGUUUGUCCAAA